UGAAAUCCAUUUUUGACAUCUUCAUUCGUUGUUUGUGCUUGAAAAGUUUGAAGUGUCAAAUUAAUCUAAAUAUAAUUAAAGUUGAUUUUCUGUGUUUGAAUACGGCUUACCCGCUUACACUUAUAACGAUACUAAAAUAUAUAAAUAACGAUGUUAGCAAGCAGCCAACGGGGAAACAAGGACCAUACUGCUAACAUCGCCAAAGAAGAAACUGUAAAGUUGAUGAUGCUUCUCAAGGAGUACCCAGUCAUAACCUGCAAAAAAACGGAUCACUGCAGCAAUCUACAAAAAGAUGCAGCUUGGAAAUCUCUGUGUGACGUUUUCAACUCUGAUGGAUCUAGACACCAAAGUGUUAAGCAGUUACAGCAGAAAUAUAAAAACAUGAUAAAAACUGCACGAAAGGAAUUGACAGCAGAGAAGUACGGAAGACGCCUAACUGGAGGUGGACCAACUCCUCCUAAACCAUCAGACACUACAGAGUGGUUAAAUAGUAUAAUGGAAGAGUCAAUAUCAGGUCUUCCUGCGGUGUAUGACAGUGAUGCAUUGGGCACUCCUCAAAGUAUGCCAUUGAUGAAAGACAGAGACUGCGAGGAAAUUAGUAAGGAGAAGAUUCCCAACAAUGCAGAAGUCCCAAAUGUAUUUGACUCCUCAACACCAAAGGCUUUGCUGCAAAAACCAGUCUCUAAAGAGUUAUCUGUGUCCUACAACAAAAGGAAAAGUGCUUUUAACCUUUUGGAAACUAGAAAACAGAUAAUGAUCCAUACGGAGAAAAAAAUUGAGUUUUUAAAACAAAAACAAUUAAGAGAGCAUGAUUUAUCCAACUAUGCCAAGGAGGAGCAUCGAAUACAUUUGCUGCACAAAGAAGAGGCCCACAAAAAAUCCAUGCUACAUAAAGAGGAGGCUCACCAAAAAGCAAUGCAGCAGAUGAUAGAAAGGCACAGUAAAUAUAUGGAGCAGCAAGAAGAGUUGCAUCAAAUUGAGGUGCAAUGCAAAAAGAAACGACUAGAAAAUAUGUAAUUUUAUGGUUUUAA